AUGGCGUCGUCAAUGCUCGACGGGGCUGCUACAUAUCUGAACAACCUUCUGCUUGCGCGUGGCUUUUUGCAGAACGGAGAAGCCAUCGACUUCCCCCGGCUAGCUAGCAAUGAGGACGGCAUCGACAGAAACGCAACGACAGUACGAGCGAUAAACCUGAUACACGAUCUGAUCCUGCGACGCGAUCGAGACGCUGAACAACGCGAAGCUCUCGCCUCUACCAUUCACAGUCUUCGUACUGAGCAGUCGCAGUACGUGCUCGACCUGCAAAGAUUACAGGAUAAGAACAUACAAUUUCAAAAUGAGCUUACAGCAUCGGAGGCCCGACAGAGAAGUCUGAUCAACAGUGCGAAGAAAGCGCAAAAUCAGACGAGAGAGAUCAAAGAGCAGAUGCUGAAGAUGAAAUCCACCCUCGAUCAAGUCCGAGCAAAGUCUAUCAGCGACAUUCGCAAGAGAGAUGUUGAGAUUGAAAAACUUAGGGAACAUCUCAAAGGAAUGAACAGAGGAAAGAAAGAGUCAGGAUCCGAGAAUGCAAAGCUGAGAACGGGCAGCGUACAGCAAAAACACGUAAAGCAUGAAGCUCGAUCACAGCAAGACCACGAUACGAGCGAAUGGUGCCUCGAGAAAGAGCCGAACGACUUCCUCACAGCUGUCCUUAAUGAAACUACUAGUGAAAAUGUGGCACUACGCAAGAUUGUAGGAGAUUCAAUGAAAUACCUUAAAGCUCUGACCGGAUUAGAAGAGCAGCAGCACCAGAAGCCAGUCUCAGAUAUAGACAAUGCGAUUGGCAUUCCUGGUCAAUAUCGAGACCGCAAUAUAGAGAAUCCGACUUCUUUAGCCACUUCAGAGUCUCUAAUACCGGUUCAGCAACUCGCGUCGUCCAUGUCCGAAGUCCUCUCCCACUGCCAAAAUAUCCUCCGAGAUCCAUCCUUCGUCCCUAUCGAAGAAGUGCAGGUCCGAGAUGAGGAGAUUGCAAAGCUGAAGACUGGAUGGGAAAAGAUGGCUGAUCAUUGGAAGGAAGCGGUCACGAUGAUGAGCUCAUGGCGACAGAAGAUGAUGAGCGAGCAAGAGUCGGAGGCACAUUUCAAUGCUGAGGACCUCUCUACCAUUGCAGCUUUUAGUCGCAGCUUCGCCACAAGACCAAAUGGUUUACCAGUCCUGGAUCCGAUCGAGGAAGAAGAGUUGACGAGCAUGCUCAUCGAGCACUAUAGUCGAGUAGAGAAUCAAAGUAUGAUGUCGGACAACAAUGAGGCCAGUCACAGUCAUACGAGUCAAGACGAUACAUUGCCAGAACCAGAAAAAACAGGCACACCAAGACCUUCACCAGUUCGUAUCCAGGUGGACGGACAAGAAGACAAGGAAACUUCGCGCGAUAUUACAUUUGCACAAACAAUUGCUUCUCCCGCCCGACGUGGUAUAAAGCUCCAGAAACAGGAUCGCCAAGCACCUCAACCACUUUCCAACACAAAUGCGAAUGCGAAGAAGCGCAAAUCAUCGGAAGCCAAAUCGAGCCCACGUAAGCGACAAUCCCUGUCCCCCAUAAAUAGAGCGGAAGAAUCACAGAUCGAGAACAAUGCGACGGCCAGUAACGUCUCAUUGAUCGCGAGCUCGAACUCGACUGAUCCACUAUCUCUCGAUAUAUCGACGCCAGGUGCCUCGGACGACGAAGACGACUUCUUCCUGUCACAAAACCAGUCCUCAGGGUCCCACGAUUCGACUUUCCCACGUAUGACCGUUGCCGAAAAGCUCGCUGCAGUUGAAGCAGAAGCUACCGAGGCGACAGAAGUGAUUAGAAGGAGACAGGCGACAACGUACGAUGAAGGUGACAAGCGAGCUAAGGACAGAGCGAGGAACUCUAUGGCCAAGACAACAGGAGUGGCUAAAGGAGCUGACAGAUCGAAAGAUAAAGUCAGGAAGGCGAAAGAUAGGAGGAGGAGUACAUUAACUCCUGCUGAAUUGGGCUCGUUGAUGGGUCGCUGA